UCAGCAGUUGCAUUUGAUCAUCUGGGUCCAAUGGUCAUUAACACGGAUGGGAGUAUUUCUAGAAUCAGUAAUUGGGAUCAAUUAUCUGAUAUAGAAAAAACUCGGACUUCAAGAUUAGUCAUUCAAAGAAAUGCUCAACGACUUACUCGACUUAGGGAGAAAGAAUCG